UUUUAACAAUUGAACAUUCUUAAACAACAUGGAAAAUAUUUAUGCUCCUUUCUACUCAGAAGCAGCACUGAAGUACUAUCAGUCCAGACCUACUCAUUCAAAUGUGGGGUCUAAUAACUCAAGGUUCUCAAGUAAACUGAACUUCUAUGGAUCUUCAGCAAUUGAUAGCUUUUCAAAGGGGAGUUUCAGCUUAAAUGAUAGAAUAGAGAGCAGCUCUGAUAUCAGCAACGGCACCACUAAGUCUAAGCUCUUACUCUAAAAUUCAAAGAAUUCCAAAAGAACAAAGGAAAAUUAAAUUUCUUGUUCAGAAAUACGAUGAAAAAUAAAAAGUAUAUGAAGUCAAGAAAUAAUCUAUCAUCAAGUAACUCUAUCGAGCCAAGUACUGUCAAGAGUGAACUAUGCAGCCAAAAUCGCAUACCAACUAAUCUUGAUAAUAGCUACAAUGCCAUUCCUAAUAAAAGGAAGAAGCCUUCAGGACAUUUGAACCAUUCUCAGGAUUUAUAUUUAUCUGAGAAGUUUUAUAGAACUCCUUGAGAGCAAUCCUCUCUCAAAUUUCAGGUUCUAAAGAAGGAUCAGAUCUCUAAGAUUCUUCGCAAAGCGAAGAAUCUUCAGAAAUCUACUGCUACAAAAUCAGUUGAAAUUAUUAGGAGGAUGAGGAAAAGGUCUCAAAACUCAAAGAGUAUUAUUCCUGAUUCCAAGUAUGUCAUGCUUGGCGGGAUCGGCCCAAGCGUGUACUCGAACGAGUAUCAUGAUAAGCUCAAACGAAAGAAAAUUAUGAUGAAAUUUAGUGAAAAGAUAAAAUAAAAUCCAUAAUAAAAGAUAUAAUGAUGAAAGGACAACAGGUUCAAAUCGGCAUUUUGCAAAACCGUUUUUGGCUAACAAUGGGAAAAUUAGUGUCAGCUUAAAGCCAAUUAUGCAUAAGAAAAACAAGAGUGAGGUAACCUUGGGUGAGGAGAAAAGAAAGAAGAUUGUAGGAUUUUCUAGACAACUCGAGACAAAAUCCUAGCACCUACCAUUUUU